AUGUCGGACAUCAAUGCACAUGCCCUUGAACCGGCCUGGGCCGAGCCGCCGGCGGAGAACAUGCAGGAGUUCUUCGACACAUUGUCGGAGAGCUAUGUCCGUGACGAGCCGCUGCUCAUCCAAGAGACCACCAAGGUGGAGCUGGACUACAUCACCGCCAGGGCAGCGGAGGCGGCGCUCGCCAGGGAGGCCGGCAGCGUUGGCGCUGUAGACGACGAGGCCGAGGAGGUCGAGGUGAACGACCCCCCGGCCGCGGGGAGGCAGCGCGUCCUGCGGCGGGCCUGCUCUGGUGAGCCAGUCCAGCUCGGCAGGAUCACGCAGCAGCCGCCCCUGGAGCACAUCGUGCACGAGACGAGGGCGAUGAAGGCCGCGGCAGCGAAGAAGGCGGCAAAGGCCACGGUGGCGAAGAGGACGGCGACUGCUUCCUCCGUGUCCAAGCAGCACCAGACCCUAUCCCCUUCCCCUCCGGACAGUACCUUGGAGGCCGAGUUCGUCCUCGGAUCUUUUAGCCCGGCGAGGAAGAGGAAGCUAGUGGAGGAGGAGGUGGAGGAAGAGGAAUUGGAGAUGCUGGCCCAGAGGGUGGUGAAGAGGGCCAAGGCCUCGAUGAGCGACAAGCCCCCGGUGGGUACUUCGCACCCUUCCUCGGCGGACCGGCAGGACAUUGACACCGUCAUCGAGGAGGUCGCCAGGGGCGCCGCGGCCGAGGCCGAUAAGAUCGCCGCCGAGGAGGCCGCCAAGACCGCCGCUGAGGAUGCCACCAAGGGGCCUGCCGGGGAGGCCGGCAAGGCCGCUACCGAGGAGGGGGUGGUAGACAACCAACCUUCCUCCUCUGCAGCCUCUGGCUCAGGCAAGUACUUGAAGGUGAGCGAUGACCUGUUCAUCCACCUCCCAGGAACGGCGAGCACCAGGGCGGCAACCGAGGGGGAGGUGUUCGCCGACGAGGGGCUCGCCGCCGCCGGGCUUGAGGUUGUUGACGAACCGAGCGCUGUUGGCAGUGGUUCCCAAGAGCAGCAGCUGCUUUGGGCCAUGAGCGCUAACUUCCAGAAGCUCCAGGAGCUCGUCCUGAAACAGGCUGACGUCGAGAAGGCCCAGGAGGCGGCAAAGGAACUGGCCGCCAAGGACGAGGCUGCUCGGUACCAGCACCAGGCCGAGCUGAACUCCCAGGAGGAGGACCUUGCCGCUCGUGAGGAGGCUCUCGCUGCCACACUCCGCGGCAAGGAUGAGGAGGUCGAGAAGCUCGCCAUAGUCCUCGGCAAGGCCGAGCUACUCUCCAAGGCCACCGACUCCAUCAGUGACCUGAAGUUGAAGCUGGAGGGCCUUGAGGGGACGCUUUCGGAGGUCAGGGCCCGGGAAGAGACCCUGACCAAGGACCUAGAGGAGGAGAGGCAGCUGCGGAGGAAUGAUGCCGCCGAACACAAGGAGUACGCGGAGGGCAUAAACCGUUGGGUCAGUCGCCUCGCCGACGUCGCCGGCAGGACAUCCACGAAGCUGGCCUCCAUGGGGAUGCCGCAUGUCAGGUACUCCCGGGAGCCGAACCUCCGCUCCAACCGGGUAGCUUAUCUGGCCAACGAGGCCCGGAGGAUCUGCCGGGGUGCCCUGACCAAGGUGCUCACCAAGGUGGCAUUCUGGAACCCCACCGUCAACUUCGCCAACGCGUUGGAGAGCUUGCCUGAGGAGGCGGACCUCGCGGUGCCCAAGGAGUGUAUCAAGCCCAUCAUCGACUGCGUCGAUGGAGUCGAGAGGGUGGAGGGCCAGCGCUGGGACUAG